ACUACCCCACGGCAACAUGAAUCCCAUCUACGGCAAGGCCUUCCUGCUGUUGUGCUGCACCCUGCUGGCAACGGUGGCGGGCGCACCAAAUUCCUGCGGUAAGCUGGAUUUGAAGGCAGAUCCGUUCUCUUGCUGCACCAUCCCGAAGCUGCUGGACGUAAGCAUCGUGGGAACGUGCUUCGAGAAGUUCCCGAUCGAUCAGACCGCAGAUAACAAGAACUCCGGAAACGUACCCAAGACGGACUGCAUGUCGGAGUGCAUUCUAAACAGCACCGGGAUCUACAACCGCCGCGGUGAUCUGGACGAGAAGAAGUUGGCCAGCGUGUUCACCGACAGCCUGCCGACGAACAGCCCCUGGUUGGGUGUGGUCCGUAAGGCAGUCACCGAUUGCGCAGCCAAGGCAGCCAAAAAGGACAAAGAGUUCGGUAAAGCCGUCGCCGAGCAGAAGAAGACUCCUGGUAACGGACCGGUGUGCAACCCGGAGGCAAGCUACUUGGUUGACUGCAUCCACACCACGGUGUUCAGUGACUGCCCGUCCACGCUGCGCUCGACCACGGCGGAGUGCGACAGCGUCUGGAAGUUCCUGAAAAACUGCCCGUUCAGCGCCCUGCGCCAGUAGAGGACGCUGCUCAGCUUGCACUAUCU